AUGGCACAAUUUGUGGCAUAUCAGCUAUCCCCGUUGGCCAACAGCCCCAUCAACGUGAAAAAUUCUGAAGACCUGGCUAAGUUUGUGUCGGAACAGCAGCUGCCACGGGGCUACAUUCUCAUUAGCUUGGAUGUGGUGUCAUUAUUUACCAAUGUGCCCAUUGAUCUAGCAAUUCAGGAGAUCGGUAGAAGAUUUGGGGAGAUUGAACAAAGCACAUCCCUGGACUGUGAUGAGCUCAAGAAGUUGGUAGAGUUCUGUCUCACGACAGGAUAUUUUGUUUACAAAGAGAAUACAUACAAGCAGGUGGAUGGGGUCGCCAUGGGUUCCCCCAUCAGCCCCAUUGUGGCAGACGUGGUGAUGCAGAGGGCAUUAGAAACCAUUAUGGAGAACAAUCCGCUCAGGAUUGCCUUCGUGAAGAAGUAUGUUGAUGAUUUGCUUCUGGCCAUUCAUGAGGAGGAUGUUCACAGAGUGCUGGAGGUCUUCAACUCAUUCCAUCAGAAAAUUUGCUUCACAUUGGAGCGUGAGGUGAGUGGAGCCAUCCCGUACUUAGACAUGAUGCUGCACAGAAGUCAGGAUGGCCACAUUUCCACAACAUGGUAUUCAAAACCAAUUUCGUCUCAGAGGAUGCUGAACUUCCAUAGUUUACACCCUGUCAGUAUGAUCCUGAAUGUGGCCAGGAAUUUCGUCAGAAGGGUGAGAAGUUUGACGUCAGCUGCAGAUGUUGAUCCGGAUGAGAUUGCGAAGAGGAUUCUCCGGAAAAAUGAUUUCCCUGGAAGCAUCACACAAUCCCUACUAGCUCCUGAUCGGGGACCCUCCAGACUGACAAAUAGGGUGCCUGAAGAACCAAACACUCUACAGAGGUACCACUCUCUGAGUUAUAUAAGGGGUAUCUCGGAGAGGAUCAGGUCUAUCAUCCAUAAGUCCUCAAGCGAACAUAAAAUUUCAUUCAAACCUGUGGCAAACAAUAGGAAAUUUUACACAAAAGUUAAAGACCAGAUACCCACAGAACUCAAGUCGAACGUGGUAUACGAAAUUCCAUGUGGAGGUUGCAGCAAGAAGUACAUCGGCACCACAAGUCAACUCCUCAAGAACCGCCUCAGACAGCACAGAAGAGAUUGCAGGCCCCCAAUCCGGAAUGAUCAAGCAACAGCACUUUGUGCACACACAGCCAACACGGGCCACAUUUUCAAAUUUGAUGAGGUGAGGAUCAUCGAUGAACACAAUAAUCGGGAGAACAGGAUGUUCCUAGAAAUGCUGCACAUAAAGAGGAACAUCCCUAUGUUGAUUUCCAGGAAUGGAACACUUGGUAUAGCCAUGUCGUUGGAAUCGUCUUCGGAAUCUGGUGAUGAUGAUGCAGAUGUGGAUGUUGAAUGUGUUGAUUCUGGUGAUAUUCUGGAUGACGCUGUAGGUGAUGUUAGCAAUCUGGGUGGUGUGGCUUGUCGGGAUGAUGUUGCAGAUGCUGUUGGAGAAGGUGGUGAUUGCGUAGCCUCAAUCUGUUGUAUUAAUGGUGUUACACCCAAUCUUAGUGGUGGUAAUCGUUCUGCUGCUGGUGCUGGUGUAAUAGGUGUGGUUGUUGGAGUUGGCUGGGGUGACGAUCUGCGCAGUAAAUUGCUUUUACUGAAGGCCGAUAGAUCUUCCUUGCAUGGAAUUGGUAUUUUGGUGGAAGGUUGA